AUGACUAUUGGUGAUAAGCAAAGAUGGACGGCCAAGAACGUUCGUAACACUUUCUUGGACUAUUUCAAAAGUAAGGAGCACAGAUUUGUUCCCUCUUCUCCGGUUAUUCCCUAUGAUGAUCCAACUCUAUUGUUCGCUAAUGCUGGUAUGAACCAGUAUAAGCCUAUCUUUUUGGGAACUGUGGACCCUGCUUCCGACUUCUACACUAUGAAACGUGCUUACAACUCUCAGAAAUGUAUCAGAGCUGGUGGUAAGCAUAAUGAUUUGGAAGAUGUCGGAAGAGACUCCUACCAUCACACAUUCUUUGAAAUGCUGGGCAACUGGUCGUUUGGUGAUUAUUUCAAGAAAGAGGCCAUCAACUACUCGUGGGAGCUUUUGACCAAAGUGUACGGAAUACCAGCUGACAGACUCUAUGUCACUUAUUUUGAAGGCGAUUCUAAGCAAGGCUUGGAACCAGACGUAGAAGCGCUCGAGCUAUGGAAAUCGGUUGGAGUGCCAGAGGAUCACAUUCUUCCAGGUAAUGCCAAGGACAACUUCUGGGAAAUGGGUGACCAAGGUCCUUGUGGUCCUUGUUCCGAAAUCCAUUAUGAUAGGAUUGGUGGUAGAAACGCAGCAUCAUUAGUUAACCAAGAUGACCCAGAUGUGUUGGAAGUGUGGAAUCUGGUCUUCAUACAGUUCAACAGAGAACAGGAUGGCUCUCUGAAGUCGCUUCCAGCCAAACAUAUCGACACUGGUAUGGGUUUUGAAAGAUUAGUUUCUGUUUUGCAAGAUUGCAGAUCCAACUACGAUACUGACGUCUUCAUGCCAUUGUUCGCUAGUAUCCAAGAACUUACCGGUGCCAGACCAUAUGCUGGUAAAUUUGGUACUGAAGACGCCGAUGGUGUUGAUACAGCUUAUAGAGUGUUGGCCGAUCAUGUGCGUACUUUGACGUUUGCUUUAGCUGAUGGUGGUGUUCCAAAUAAUGAAGGUAGAGGUUAUGUGUUGAGACGUAUCUUGAGAAGAGGUGCUCGUUACGCCCGUAAAUAUAUGAACUACCCAAUCGGAAACUUCUUCUCUCGUCUGGCUCCUACCUUAAUCGACCAGGUUCAGGAAAUGUUCCCAGAAGUCGCUAAGGAUCCUUCAUUUUUGUUUGAGAUUUUGGAUGAGGAAGAAGCUUCAUUCGCCAAGACUCUAGAUCGUGGUGAGAGACUCUUUGAAAAAUAUGCCGACGCUGCUGCUCAAUCCGGCAACAAAACUUUGGACGGGUUGCAAGUGUGGAGAUUAUAUGAUACCUACGGUUUCCCUGUCGAUUUGACUGAGUUGAUGGCAGAGGAAAAGGGUUUAACGAUUGACGGACCUGGUUUCGAAAAGGCAAAGCAAGAGUCAUACGAAGCUUCUAAGAGAGGUGGUAAGAAGGACAAUUCUAGUCUAUUAAAGCUAAAUGUUCACGAACUUUCGCAAUUAAAUGAGGAACACGUCCCCAAGACUGACGAUAGCGCAAAAUACGGUACCCAAGACGUCGAUGCUACCAUUUUGAGACUAUUUGAUGGAUCUCAAUUUGUUAACGAGAUUACGGAGCCAGGUAAAAAAUACGGUAUUAUUUUGGACAAGACUUGUUUCUAUGCUGAGCAAGGUGGCCAAGAAUAUGAUAUGGGUAAGAUCGUCAUUGAUGGUUCCGCCGAAUUUGAUGUUGAUAACGUUCAGCUGUACAAUGGUUUUGUUUUCCACACUGGUACUCUCUUAGAGGGCAAGCUUUCCAUCAAUGAUAAGAUUAUUGCUUCAUAUGAUGAAUUGCGUCGUUUCCCCAUUAGAAAUAACCACACUGGUACUCACAUUCUGAACUACGGUCUACUAGAAACGCUCGGUACCGAAGUCGAUCAAAAGGGUUCUUUGGUUGCUCCAGAGAAACUUAGAUUCGACUUUUCUCACAAGAAAGCUUUGACUGUUGAUGAACUGCGUAAGGUGGAAAACAUCUCUAACGAGCAAAUCAAGCAGAAUUUGAGCGUUUAUUACAAGGAUGUUCCACUAGACCUUGCCAGAUCGAUCUACAACGUUCGUGCUGUGUUUGGUGAAACUUACCCAGAUCCCGUCCGUGUUGUGUCCGUCGGUAGGCCUGUUGAUGAACUAUUGGAGAACCCUGCUAGCGAAGAAUGGGGUAAAUAUUCUAUUGAAUUCUGUGGUGGUACCCAUGUUGCCAAGACUAGUGAUAUAAGAGAGUUUGUUAUCUUGGAAGAAAGUGGAAUCGCUAAAGGUAUCAGAAGAAUUGUUGCAGUUACUGGUUCAGAGGCUCACGAGGCUCAAAGAAUCGCAAAGCAAUACGAGUCCGAGUUAUUGGCUGCUGAGAAAUUACCAUUUUCUCCACUAAAAGAGAAGAAGCUAAAGGAGUUGGGUGUCCAACUAGGCCAACUAUCCAUCUCAGUCAUCAGAAAACAAGAACUUAGAGAGCAUUUCAACAAGAUAGAUAAGGCUGUCAAGGAUGAGGUCAAAUCAAGGUCUAAGAAGGAGGCAAAACAAACCUUGGACGAAGUUAAAGAAUAUUUCGCUGCCAACGAAUCCUCACCAUAUUUUGUUAAGUUCAUCAAUAUCCCAACAAACGCCAAGGCCAUUACCGAAGCCAUAAAUUACAUGAAGUCCUCUGCCAAGGAUAAAUCUAUCUACUUGUUUACUGGAAACGACCCAGAAGGCAAGGUCGCUCAUGGUUGUUACAUCUCGGACGAUGCUUUGUCAAAGGGUAUCGAUGGUCCUGCUCUAGGUAAGAUAGUUUCUGGCGCUGUCGGUGGUAAAGCUGGUGGUAAGGGCAAUGUCUUCCAAGGUAUGGGUGAUAAGCCUGCUGGAGUUGAGAACGCAACUACAGAGCUGGAGAGCUUGUUUAAAGAGAAGCUAGUUAUUUAA